AUGUCGUCUCCAAACGAUCAGGGACACGCAACCGACACCAACUCGGAGGAACGUGACGAGAUGUGAGUUUUUAUUUUUAGAAACGGCUGCAUUUCGCAAAACUUUUAAAGAAUCAGCGUAUGAAAAUCUCAAACAGGGCGCAGGGAUGUUCGGAACCUCCCGCGUGGCCCGGGUAUGACGAAUUUUAGAAAAAUGAUUUCAAAAAGUCCCCCAUUUUGGUGAAAAUAAAGGUGUUCAGCUGCAGAUUGUCCAAAAUCUAUAAAAUAAACCUUCGCGUUUUUCAGAAAACUUGUCAAAGUUCAUAUCCGACACCGCCUCGACUCCACGGACAGGACGAAUCGUGUGGGAUUGAAUGAAAAGAUGACGUUCCGAGCACUUGUUCUCUGGACAGAGGCGCGAAUGUGCAAGAACGAGGAUAUCUGGAAGUGGAUGAAACUCUCUGUAAGACUGGAGAACGGACAAGAGCCGGGACUUGAAGAGAGAAUCGGAGAGUUUGCUGAGGACGGAAAUCUCUUCGUGGAAGCAGUGUUUGUUCCAUCGCACGAAGUCCUGCGGAAGUUCGCGGAUACAUUGUUCCCAAACUCAAAUGCGAUGAAUCAACAACUCUUGGCUCCCGAUGUCUACGAGAAAUGGAUGAAUGAGGAGCAGAUUUUACCAAUUCAAAUGGAGAACUCAAGGGAGGAGGCGAACCUUCUGCAAGUUCUUCCGUCGACUUCAUCCGACUCGUACGGAAGCGCUGCACGAGGACCCGUUGACGAAUCGAUGAACGGAAAGCAGAUUUUGCCAAUUCAGCCAGAGAACCCUGUGGAAGACACGGACCCUUUGCAAUGUAUGCCAUCUACCUCGUCUGGUCCAGCUGGAAAUGCUACACUAGGAUCCAACAGAAAGUCGAUGAACGAAGAGCAGAUUUUGCCAAUUCAAGUGGAGACCCCGCAGGAAGAGGCGGAUUGUCCGCAUCUUGUUCCAGCAACCUCGUCUGGUCCAUCCGCAGCACUGGCGCCAGUCAGAAAGUCGGCCAGAAUCAUGAGGAAAAGUGAGGAGGAGAAAGAAGAACGCGCUAAGAUGGCGGAGAUGCAGAAGCAAGAAGAGAGGGAACUAAUUCCACCCAGAAAGAGGGUUCGGAAGCAAAUCUCGACUGAACGGCAAAAUGCUGGAAACAUAAAUAAGAGGCCUAAUGCAAACAAACUGCAAAAUAUGAGCAGUGGCGAAGCUUCAUUGGUCCAAGGAACAGCCGAGAACGAAGUAGUGAAUAGAGGGAAUGUGAAUAUUCCUGCACUUGCGGCACUGAUCAAAGUAAGUAUUCCAACUAUUUAAAUCAUUCAAAAAUAACGAUUUUGCAGAGUCACCCCGAAUCUCCAUUUAAGAGCAACAACGCGCUCCUGUUGUGGGCAGAAACGCUCAAUGUCGCUGCUGACUUUUUGAAACCUCUUGGCUCAACGCAAAUCGUGGAGCACAUUUUUAAGAAACAACAAAUUACCGUCAGCGAGGUUUGUAUAGUAUCUGUUCUCGGAAACAAUAGUAUUAGAGGACUCAUUUUCAGGGAGAUCCAUUGUUGCUCGCAUUCGUCCGCUACCUAGAAGGUUCUCAGGCAAAGAAGUCAACCGGCAGUCCAAACUGA